CGAGCCGGGGCAGGCCGCUCGCGCUGUCGAGCAGCCCGCCUCGAGUUCCCGUCUGACGCCCGGCGGCGGCAGCCUGGUGUGCGCGCUGGGUGCUUUCGUCCUUCAGGAGCCCCCAGUUUGGGGCAAGCGGAGGGACUGACUGGGGUCAGAGCCGGGAUGGGGACGGGACUCGGGAAUUCAGCAGCGGCUGUUUUAAAGGGAGGCCGGCCGGCUGAUCGGGGUUCCAGUGGGUACCCUGGGCUUUGGACUUUGCCCCCUGUAUGGACGUACUGCGAGUGAUGAGGCAGAUUGAUGAUAGGAUAGUCCAUGAAUUAAAUACCAUUAUCCCAACAGCAUCCUUCGCUGGGAAGAUUGAUGCAAGUCAGACAUGCAAACAGCUUUAUGAGUCUCUGAAGCAAGCACAUGCUAGUAGGGAAAAAGCCAUAAAGACGUGCAUAAACCAAUCCUCCAGUAGGGUGAACAAACUACGAGAAGAGAGAAAUAAAGACAUGGACAAUUUAACACUACUAAAACAACUUCGAAAAGAACAAACAAAUCUGAAAUUGAUGCAGUCCGAAUUAAACGUUGAAGAGGUUGUCAAUGACAGAAGUUGGAAGGUCUUCAAGGACCGCUGCAGAAUUCAUUACAAGCCUUCAAACAGCCUGUGACGCUGAAGCACUAACAGGCCAACCCCUUUCUACCCAUGGCUUGAGAAGAAUGAAUCGAAUGAUAGUCGUUCAGAGUAAAGUGCAGUGGACCAUUACAGACCAUUUAUAGGUACAAUAAGCAAGGGGUUUUGGAUUUGAUGGACCUUUUAUUAUGGCAGAAACUAGCAGUUCCAGUAAUCACUUAAAGCAGCCCAUAAAAAUGGAUCUAACAAACUUAUGAUGUACGUUUGCUGUGAGCUUUUCAAAACAUAAUUAUCCAUCUUGAAUAUGGAUAAGACGGUUUCAUGCAUGGUUUAAACUUUUUAAAAAUCGCAUAAUGGAACAGAUCAUGUCAGUUAUUGCUAAGGAAUGUACUUGAAAGGUCUUGGUUUUCAUUACCUCACUUACUAGAUAGUUUUUCCCUUUGUCACAUGUAGGAUUACAAUUUUGGUGAUGUAACGGCAAUUCUUUUUAAAAGUUUUAUCUUACUUAAAGUGCCCAAUCUGAACUUUAAUUUGUAAUAAAAAGAAACUAUUUGUUCAUUUAUAGGUUGUAGUUUUUAAAAUAACUGCUUACCUUCUGAGCCUGACUCGCCACUCAUAAUCCCAAUGGAAUUGCUACACCAUCACUCAGAACUGACGAGUGAAAGGAAAUACUCAUCUGCCAAAACCCCACUGUUCAGUUUUAAACCUGAUAAUUGGGUUGGUGUGCGGAACAAGUCACAAUGGUUAAGCUGCCCAAUUUAUAACAGCCUGAGAACUUAAACUCCUAAUUCAGACAUUAGAGUUUGACUGACCAUUCCUCCUGGAAUUUGAACCUGUCACAUUCAGCCUAGAAGUUAAGUGAUUAAACGUUUGCAGUAACUUAAUUGAAAAUGGCAUUCUAACAACAAAGUAAUGUUGAAUUAGAAUCUUUUGCAAAUAUUUCACUCUAACUGCCUCAUCUACAUUUCAAAACAUCUAAAAUUAUGUAUGUACAAGUUAGUGUUAUGCACAUUCUGUAAACAUCUCCAUUAUCCAUUUAUUACAAAGUUUGGCUUAGUGCAACUUGAAAAGAAAUCAAUCCUCACAAGUUACUUAUCUAUUCCAUACAGUAGGAGGAGAAACAAGAGGGGGCAUUGGUCUUGACACAUGAUCAUCUAUAUCUACCAUCAAUUUAGCUUCCUUGAAAGUUGAUGGGAGGUGUGUUUGUAUGGGGAUGCAGAGGGUGGGGGGGUUCAGAAUUUUUUUUCUUACCUGUAGAUGCCCAGGCAGCAUCAACUGUUCCCUCUGACCCUGACUGAGCACUGAUUAAAGUAGUAAUUCUUUCUUGCAACAAGAGUAUUAUGACCGGUUCAAAAUCUAAAGGUGUUUUUCAACCAUUCCUGCCAACUACUGUAACUUCGUGUCACAUGGGUGAUUAUGGUCUGCUGAGAUUUGGUUUGUACAGUAUCGUUGUUAUAUUGAUGUUUUUCUCCAUUAAAUCGAAACAAGACCUAGGGGGUGAAGUAAUUCUUUCAUUUUUUUGCUUUCACUUGUUAUGCCAAAGACACCCAGAAGCUCUUUCCAAUAAAAUCUGCCCUCCGUGACAUUCUUCCUGCAAAGCAGGGAUACUUUAAAAAAUAUCAUGAAUUGUACCUACUUUGGGUAAAUGAAUAUUGAUGCUAUCUGUAUCACUGCAUUCAUCUGAAACAGGGAUUCUACUGGAAACCAAGUGUCAACGAUUCCAUAUUUUUAUAGAACUCAAGAAUCAACAGACUUUUAAAUCUAGAGAAAAUGUAGUUCAGUUCCUACCUAUUCAUGUGUAUUUAAAUAUUGGACAUGUUCAGUUAUUUACAAUCUGGAGUUUUAACUCCUGAAGAAACCACAUUGAAACAAUGUUUUGUUUUUUGAAGAGUAUGUCCCGUUAAUAAUAAAAAUCCACUGGUGCUUUUAA